AAAUAUGUUCGAAGAUAGCUUUAACACUAUAAUAUUGUCUGUUGUUUCGUUAUUGGUUGCAUAUUACUUCUAUCUGCGCGAAUACAAAUGGAAGCGAUUCCCGCCUGGUCCUAUGGGUAUACCUUUGCUUGGAUAUACCCCGUUUCUUGGAAAAAAAGUUUCAGAAAAUUUGAUGAAAAUUGCGGAUAAAUUUGGACCUAUUUUCUCUCUCAAAAUGGGAGACCAAACUUGGGUUGUAUUGAAUACAUAUGACAUUCUCCAUGAGGCACUGGUGAAGCACGGAGAAAUAUUCUCAGGGCGUCCGCAAGUGCACAUAUAUAAAACGUUUACAAAGGGUUUAGGGAUCGGAUUCGUUGACUACGGCCCUUUCUGGAAAGAGCAAAGAAAAUUCGGAAUGAAGACUUUAAAAAGAUUUGGAUUCGGAAAUGUAUACAUGGAAGAUUUUGUUUCGAAAGAAGUUCAACAUCUUAUUGACGAACUUGAAUCAUACCACGGCAAACCGUUCAACUGUCAUGGUUUAAUUUCCAAUGCUGUUGCUAACAUCAUCUGCAGAAUGACAAUGAGCAAACGAUUCCCAUACGGAGAUAAAGAUUUCAAGGAGAUGCUGAGAUUGAUGAACAAAAGCUUAUCCGCCGCCCUAGAUGGGAAACUGUAUAAAAUCAUGGUUCUGGCUCCGUUUACGAGAUUUCUACCGGUAUUCUGGAGUUGUUACAACCGAUUGGCGAAAUCAAGGAAAGUUCUAUUGGAUACUCUGCAAGCUGUUGUUGACGAGCAUAAACAAACCUACGAUGAAAACAAAAUUCGGGAUUUCAUCGAUGAAUUUAUCAAAGAAAUGAAAACUCAAAAUGACAAAAACUCGAAUUUCACGGAUCAGCAAUUGGUUCAUUACGUGAGCGAUUUGUUCGUAGCUGGAACUGAAACAACAUCAAGCACUUUGCGUUGGUGUAUGUUGUGUCUUGCAACCUACCCAGAAAUUCAAGCAAAAUUGUUUCAUGAGAUCCAAAGCGUUAUUGGCGCAAAUAGAGCACCAAGUCUUAAAGACAAAGAUUUGAUGCCAUAUACUUGUGCUUUCAUUCAUGAAAUCACAAGACAUAGAAUCGUGAUGAACAUUUUUGUUCCACACAAAACAACUGCGAGUGUCAUGUUCAAAGGAUUCUAUAUCCCAAAGAAUACUCCGAUCAUUGCACACCCAUGGUCGGUUCAUUUCGACCCAAAGUAUUUCGAAAACCCUCAUGAAUUUUUGCCUGAAAGAUUUAUUGGAGAAGAUGGAAAGUUCGUUCCAAGUCCGCAAGUUAUUCCUUUUUCCCUUGGACCUCGAUACUGUCUUGGAGAAAAGCUCGCAAGAGCUGAAUUGUUCAUCUUUAUCACAGGAAUUGUUCAAUGGUUCAAGGUAUUACCGGAUCCAGAAAACCCGCUUCCAUCGUUCCAUGACGGAGUUGAAGGAGGAGUCCAUGCACCUCAUGAUUUUAACGUCAUCUUUUCUCGCCGCUAAAUGCUGUAAAAAGCCCUUUUUGCUUCUGUGUCGAUGUGGUAUCUUGUAGAAUAAUGCAAGAUAAAAUAAUUCAUUUAGGUACUACUUUUUCUUAUAACAGAAUGACCUCUGAAAAUUAAAAUAAAUUUCUCGA